UCAUUUGUGUUGGGAAGCACGCUUAAUACGAGUCAUAUGGUUUUGACACCUGCCGGUGUAUAAGUGGAUUGGAUUCUGCGGAUAGAGGGUGGUAUUCCCUGACUUUGGGGACUCUUAGUGCAAUGAGCCGAAUCCCAAAGCAAGCAUUAUCUCUAAAGCAGUUUAUGCUCAGGCAAGAGGUUCUGAAGCUUUACCGUGAGAUCUUCCGAUGUAUCCGGCAGGUGCCGGACGCCGCAACCAGAGCAGAGUUAAAGUCAUGGGCCCGCCACGACUUCCGGGCUAAUCAGCACCAAUCAGACGAGUCUGCCAUCAAAAUACUUAUAGGACACGGACGGAAAUCCCUUACGGAGUUACGGAAUAGUCUAGCUUUAAGCGGAUCAGGAAGCGCAGGGAAUAAAAAAUGAUUGUUAGAAAGUUUUCCAUUUUCUAUUUCUCUACCAAAUAACCUUAGAACUACAUAAAUCGUGUGACUAAAGA